AUGUUCACUAGUGAUGCACCUGUUUCCUCAUUCGACAAUCAAACAUCGACAUGGUCGCUUCGUUUCCGACCUCGACGGUAUUAUUCAAACUCCUGUUCAUGUGCAUUGUCAAAUCGAUGUACACGUCCAACAGGAUUUUAUUAUCAAUCUGAUAAAGUUAAUUCUUCACCUAAUAUCACUGUACCCGGCUUAGUUCUCGGCUGUUAUCCCAUCGAUUCGUUUCUAUUGUCAACAUUAGAAUGUUUCUACAGUCGAGAGUGUCUGAAACUUAUUGUAGACAUGUAUGACUUUGAUGUCAUUGGUUUAGUUUUGCCAUUAGAUAAACGAGCCAUGAAUGUGCCACCAUUGAAUAGUGAGAAUAGUCGUUUUCAUCCGAAUAGUACGAUAGAAGAAAUUUUCUCGCAAUUAUUUAUCGAGGAAUGGAUUACUUCGCAUAACUAUACGGAUUAUUUUGCGCGUUGUGCACCGAAACAAUGUACGUAUAGUGUUAUGCAACGCUUUGAUAUGCCAUAUAUGCUAACGAUGAUGCUCGGCUUUGGCGGCGGGUUAAGUGUCGUUUUGGAAGUAAUUCUACCACCGAUAGUUAAAUUGCUGAGACGAUGGUUAAGAAAACGAGAACGACGUCAGGAAAGAGAUGGUGAUACAACAAUAAAUACCGCUGUUAAUCCCAGUAAUCGAGAUUACCAGCGAGUUUUUUUGACUGUUAAUUUCUUUGAAACUGAAAUAUCGGCAACUAACAAACGAUUCGAAUAUGAAGAAAUUAUUGCUACUCGCAUCUAUAUUUUCCUCUUUGUCCUCUGCCUUGUCGCCGCCUUUCUUUACGCUGGUCCAUUUACCGAUGAAAUCAAAACGACAACAAUCGCAUACCCAACAUCCGACAUUGUCAAUGACUUGCAUUCUAGACAACUGCUAACUCUCUCUUGCCCAUGUUCGACUACAGCAAUCAAUUAUUCGACUUUUCUGAAAAUCAGCCCGCAUUAUUAUCAAAUCUGUUCAAGUGAAUUCGUAUCGUCUGCUUAUUGGACUUUUCUAUUCGAAAAAGACGAUAAUAUUUCUUUAGCACUCAGUGCUCAUUAUCGACUAUUAGCAUCGUUAUGCGAUGUUGCUCGACGAACGAUUGACAACAAGAAGGAACUAUUCGAGACUCGUGAAUUGAUCAAUGUAGAAGCAAUUACGCGCUCAUCGUUCGAAACUCAAAUUAAUGCACUUGUCUCAACAUUUAUUACGCAAAUUCCUGCUGAUUUCCGUCGGAUACUUUCAUUCACAAUCGGUUCGUUCGAAGUCAAUCAGCUAUUGAACGCUUUUACUACCAAUUGGCAUGUGGAUUUUGCGACUGAAAACGAAUAUUAUAUGAUCAAUACUCGUCCACGUCGUUUCUCAUCAUCGAAUUGCACUUGUGCAACAUCGUCUAAUUGUAUCGAACAACUGACAGAAAAUACCUAUAUCGGCUGCUUCCCAUUUGAUGGACUUCGAUUAUCGACAUAUGAAAAUCUCUCCAUAAAUUAUUUAACUCAAAAACUCUUUGUAGAAACAUGGCAAAAUGAAAGUAAUUACACGACAUAUUUCGAAACUUGUCGACCAUUGGAAUGCCAAUAUACACUACCUGAUAGAAGCAAUUUCCUGUAUAUAUUAACAACUGUUUUAGGGCUAUACGGAGGCUUGAGAUACAUUCUUCGUCUUAUUAUUGGACAAAGUUUAUUGGCUUAUCGUUGGUGGAUGAAACAUAUUCGACGACAACAAAUAGAUGCUAUCGCAUCUAACCCAGUGAAUCUUUAA